AUGACCCGAUCCGGCUCCCUGAUUGGCCAGGGUCACGGCGUAGGAGGCUGGGUGUGUGACUCGGCUACCCUCCCCAUGGCAGGACGCAGGGCCUCUCGUACCGGCAUGUCCCCCAAACGCACAGGUGGCAGUCUGGCUGAAUCUGACUCUGGUGGAGGAGGAGGUGGAGGAGGAGGAGGGGGGAGUGGAGGAGGAGCAGGGGGAGCAGGGGGAAGUGGAGGUGGAAAUGGAAAUGGGACCACCUCCACUGAUGGACAACAACAACCACCUGCCAGUGGACGCAACUAUGCCACUGUCCUGCAGGGGGAGGUAUCUGGACAGAGGGACUACGCUGGCACUCUGGGGAGAGGAGGACUGGAGAUGGGAAGCAACUUUGUGGUGGCAAGGCCAGACAGAGAAAGUGGAGGAGUAUCACUGACCGGGACUCCAUCUGUCUACCCAGAAGCACCUGGCUUUAUUGGGGACUGGCGCGAUCGAGUAGGUAUGGGAGGGUAUGUUUUGGGCAGGAGGGAUAUGACCCCUCAGCUUUUGCCCUUCCCCGGGCAGCCUCGGGCAACAUAUGGCAGUGUGAUGGGCUUUGGGGCCAACUGGGUUCCAGGAAUGGAGGCAGCCAGAGGGGGACCAGGGCACGGGGGUCCCUCCUUGGCACUGCGAGUGGGUGAGUUCCUACGUCUGCGCCUUGCCCAGGUCACCUUUGAUCCCUCACAGCCGCCGUACGACUCUGUGCAGGUGUAUGGGCUGGAGGGAACAGGGUCCAGGGCUGGAUCCCUCAGCUCACUGGAGAGCGAAGGGGAGAAGGAUUCAGAGAAGGAGGAUUGGGGGGCGGGGCUGGAAGAGUGGGGUCCCCAAUUCCAGAAAUUAGCCCAGCUCUUCAAAGACAGGGAGAAAGAGAGGGAAGAUAAGGAAAAGGUUGACGAGGGUGCCAAAAAAGAGAACGAAAUGAAUGAGGAGCCUGAGAAGAAAGUGAAAAAAGAUGGAGUGCGGGCUGGAGAAGAGGGGAAAGAUUGAGGAAGGAUAUAAAUGAAACAAAUAGGGGCAAAAGGGGGUAAGAGAGGAAGGGGAGGAAAAGAAGGAUGAUGAAAAGGCAACUUGAGCUCGAAUAAUGUGAAGAGAAGUUAAAGGGGAGAAAGAUGAAGAGGCAAAGUAAUAAAAAGAGACAGAGAAAAAUGAGCCUAGGGAGGAUGGAGAAUGCGAGGGCAGGGGAGGGAGUGAUUGAUGUAAUUUAUAGCAAUAAGUGUUGAAACGCUGAUAUGGUUGAGCACAGAUACUGAGACAAUGCAGAGCCUGCUUCUGCUCGGGGCAGCAACAAUUUGUUAAACGCUUUGGACAGAGAAAAACAACUCAAACAUCCAAGACUCGAUUAAAUUCAGCUCUCACGUAUGGAAUGAGAAACAGCAGGAGGCAAGAAGGAAGACGUCUGGUGCGCCGAUCUGAUCCCAGUGUCUGCGUGUUUGCGUGCGAGAAAAGUCAGUGAGAAGUGCGUGAGAAGUGCGUGAGAACACGUGCGCAACCGAGCGCGUGCCGUAUGCGUGCAUAUUUAACAGAGAUGGAGCAAAAGAGAGUGGCAGGGGGAAAUCGAAAUACCCAGAGACAAUUUUCGAGAUGAGACUGAUGACUAAUGCUGCGUAAUGCCGCAACAUUAGCUUUCAGGACGACGAGGCAGGGAAAAACAGUUAACGACGAAGUUUAGAAAGUAGGAUAAGACACAGGGGAGGGAAAAAAAAGUGAUGUUUGACUAUAAAGGGAAUGGGCGGCAAGGAUGUAUAGAGAGAGAAAUGGUCUUGGAAGUGAGAUGAUUGUACAGAAACUGUUACUUUUUAUUCCAUCUGCAGUGGCAGAAAAAGUGAAUUAUUCAGCUUGCUACUCCAUUCCAAAUGAAAAUGAUGAAUCAUUUAAAUCCUGCAAAAGAUUCUUCCUCCUCUCAGCCCACGAGGAAAAACAGACAUUGUGAAAAAUUUAAAUGGUUUAGGGAUAUGAUCCCCCCCUCCCUCCCCGGACCCUCUUAGUUCUUCGGCCCCCUCCCAUCCCCAUCCCCCCCAGCUAUUUUGUAGUUGAGUGUUGGUAUGUUUACAAAGAUUCACACACAAACACGCGGCGACACAAAAGAACUGAUUAACACCACAAGGCUUUGAUUGUACUACAGUAAAUUACAUAAUCCACAAGUAUUCUGUGUACCAUACGGGGCCGUGACGACUCUGUUAUUGAUGGCAUAAAUGUGUCUUUUUUAUGAAAGAAAUCUGCUUUUUUUUAAUUUGCCCACCCCACUUCCCCAGUCUCACAUGCAUGAUUUUACAACAACAACAAUAAAAAAAACCACAAAAUCAGUUUCCACUCCAAACGCUUGUACGGCCCAAUGGAACAUUUCCACAGAUCUCUAAUGAAAUUGUAGUGAAACACAACCACAGAGACAGGCUUUUUCUUUUUCAUUUUAUUUCUUGUUAAAAGGUCAGGAUGCAAAUGAGCUGGAGAUUUCAGCUGGAAUGCACUUUUAUACUGUGUGAUGUUCAAUAAUAGAUAACGAAUCAUGUCGAAGAUUACAGUUGUUUUAUAAGAUGUCAGCUAAACGAAGAUAUCAUGUUUGACUGUAUGUAAAAAAAAAAACAUUUGUAAAUACCACUAAGUAUUACUGCUAAAAGAGAGUAUAUAAAAUUUAAAAUGUGUAAAAAAAAUAAAAUAAAAAAUGUCUAGAACAGAACUUAGAUGUUGAAAAUGGAGCACUGUUGGGAUUACCUGUAUGUACUGUAGAUUAGAAAUGGAUUAACUGCGCUGGACUGCCUCCUGGACUCAAAACAACACCAUGUAUUCAACAUCUGUGUUUGGGUUUGCUGUGUGCUAGCUCUUUGUCUGAGAUGGACAAGCCAAGGAUUCAAUUAUACAUGUGGCCUCUGGCAGAAGUUUGUUGUGCAAAAUAUUAGUUACAGGAAGCCUGUGAGCUAACCUGUGCCAGUGAAGAUCCAAUUUGAUGAAAAUCCAGUGGAGUGAGGAGAAAUCCCCCUAAUGGGUAUACAAAACAAAACAAAAAACGUCACAGUGUUCCCUAAAAUCUGAAUUAAUAGCCUGCAAAAGUGGAAUAAAUAGAAUUUAUAAUAAAUUUUACACUGCCUGAGAGAUGUGGAGGUUUUAUAGAUAGUUGCUUCUCUUGAAAAAUAUGACAAACACUACAUUAAGGAGAAGUGUCUUGUGUGCAUUUCAGGCAAUGCAAUUCAAAUGCCAAAUUACUGACGCAUUAUGGUCUACAUAAGCAAAUUUUCUUGCGUGAAAUAACAACUUAGCUCUAUAAUGUAUUUAUUGCUACGGUGGCCCUGAGAGGUCAGAUGUACUGCAACUUAAGGAAACACCAGCAAGUAGAAAAACUGCAAAAAUUCACAAAUGACAAGAAAAGUAAAAAAAAACAGAAAAAAAAGUGUUUUGGGGAGACAGCAACGUAACAAAACAGCUGCUGAUGAAGUAAGACACGUUUAAAAGAAGCAGAAGAUUUGUCAGUGUUGCAAGGUGGAGGCGAUGUGUUUUUUAAUCUCACGAUUCACAUAAUAUUGUAGAUACAGGUUUGCUAGUAGCCGUUUACUGUUAGCUUGUCACGUUAGCUGUUCUGUCAUGAUAUUGUCUCCCCCAAAACACUGACAUUGUCUUUUUUGAGUUAUGUCUUUUUAUUUUGGAGGUUUUUUUAAUUUCUUAACCUUUCAUAAUGUUUUUUAAAUUUCUGUUGUGUUUUAUUCACUUCCAUUCUGUUUUGUGUGCUUUUGUAGCAUUUUUCUAUCUGCUGGUGUUUCCUCAAGUUGCGGUGCAUUUGGCCUUUCAGUGCCACCAUAGACUAAGCCUGAAAGUUACUUUAGUCCAGAGAGGAAUUUAGCCACAACUUGAAUGUAUGGACGUCUUUGGCGCACCAUCGCAGAAGUGUCACUGUUUCAUUCUUUGUAAAGUCACACCUGGCUGCCAGCUUCGCUAGUGUCCGCCAGUUUGGUCCACCAUAAUCUUGUUGUCAAGGUCUUCUGCAGCAUUUUGUUAACCGGUCGAGAAGCCGGUGACAUGAAACAAAACCCAUAUGUGUCUCUCUACCCUUUACCUGAGCCACAGACUUUUCCAUACAGUGCCACUGUGCAGACUGGACAGUGUGGGGACCAAUGUACUGCACAAUAACCAGAGAAGACAGGGAGGGGGUUGCAGAACCUCAGGGAGAGCUGAUUUGGGAUUAAUUUGGAUGAUGAACUGUACCUCCAAAAACUUUCACCUGCUAUUUUAGCAAAUCAUAUUUGGACUUUUAGACACUCAGAGGACAGAUUUAUGUUUUUUACAACAUGUCUUUAUGUCUGCUAUAUCAUCAGUAAUAUCUGUUCUUCAGGUAGUAAGUUAGUUUCAAAGACCUAGGAGGUGGAAAGUUUUUGCUAAAAACACUGAACCUUGCCAGUUUCUUCAGUCAUUCAUGUCAUUUAUAUUAAUUAAGAGUUAAUGCAUCUGAGAAGCUCUCAAGAGGGCCUCUUGACAAACAUGUUGCAUCAAAAUAACACAGAGAGGCUUCUCUAGUAAUUUGAACUCAAACAUAAAGAAGGCUCACUGUUCUGCUUGUAUUUUGAAAGAUCAAUGUGGGUGAAAGAACUUUGCUUUGUGUAUCGUAUCCUAGGGAGCCGUGUGAACGAGGCACUAAUGUUCUUCUGACUCAUUUUUGGAGGUGACUAAGCAGCUUCAAGUGCAUUACAAUCCCCUGUAAGGUGCAGUAGGAUGGAUCUGAUUUGCAUUUAGCCAAUGAAUACAAAAACACACACUCCGUUUAUACCCAAAACACCGACUUUAAGUAAUUUGAUUAUAUGUAUUUCUUCCAGUGUAAUUUGAUUACAGAAGUAUAAUGUAAAAUGUUAAAUUUUAUCAAGUCUAGUCAGAUGAAAUCUACCUGAUUGGCAUAUAUUCAGUUUAUACUAAGCAUAUCUUCCUUAAUAAUUAAUUAUCUGAAUAAGGAAAUAAAUAUUCGAUUUUAUAUAUUUCAGUUGCAUUUUACUCAAAAUGAUUGCUUCUUUUAUGAGGUUGAAUCAUUUUGGCUGUAGAAGUGGAAAUGAGAACUGAUUCAAUCAAAAACACGCAUUCCUUUCCGAUUUGCCUUCAACUAAUCUUCCUAACCUGCUGGUUUUGACUUCGUUGCACGUUAGGUGAGCACAGUGAGCUGAAAUAAUGGUCAAAAUUACAGUUACAGUUUACAACAGCCAUUUCUUAAACAAACAAAACCAGAAAUAUCCUUUAUUUAUCAUUCGGUCGGAAUAAAAAGUCUCAAAUGAUUAUUUCACCGGUGCACCUAAAAUGACUUAGAACCAGUUUAGGAAUGAGAAUUACUAAAUUAUAUGCGCUGUGUUCUCCCUAGCAUUUAUCUCUAAUGUGCCAACUUUCUGAGCCGCUUUUCCCCAGAACACAUGUAUUAACACUCGCCGUAUUUUCAGAGCAGUAUCGUUUUGGGCAGACAUUUUAUAAGCAAUUAGCAUGCUAUACCAAUAAGUGACCCUGCGUACCGUUCUAAUUAUAUGGUCUAUUCCUCGGUCUUGAUUGGCUCCAGGUGUCUCAUCUCUGCUGAUUCAAAGCUUUGCUUUGGCUGAUUGGUCAAAAUCAAAGUGAUGAUUCUCCUGAUUUGUCUUAUUUCAGAGUUCUGGAGUGCUGUGCCGACUAAACCACUUGACAGAGCUGAUUAUCCCACCUCCUGAGCCCGGCAAAUUGGUUCAAUCAAAAGCGUGAUUAGUUGAAUCAGUUGUUUUAAAUAGAAUAAAAGCCUGAAGUCUCCGCAGCACUGCGUGGCUCUUUUUUUCACUCUUUUAGCCAGCUUAGGUGCACCAACAGAGGAAAGCGGUCCAUUUUUCACAUCUUCCCCUGAAUGAGCCUCGAUACUUAGGAUAGUGAAGCUCCACUUAAAGGACGGGCACAGAUACCUUAGUAUCUAGUUAAUGUAUGUAGCUCAAAGAUGCAGAGUAAAGGUCAUGACCUCUGGCCUCUGACCCUAAACAGAUCGACCCUCACUGGUUCUGCACCCACCUUCCCCCCGUGACUUCAUUGCUCCUGCACGAUGUUGAUACAAUUCCACAAUUGCGUGCUGAACAAAGUGUAUUUAUUUCUGUUGUACUUUUUCUUUUUGUAAAUUUGAAUAAAAAAGGAACUAU